CACACACACACACACAGGGCCCUUCCUCACGUGUCUCCAGUCCAGUCUGUCAAAUCUCCCAGCAUGUGAAGCCCCUGCGCGCCUGGAAAACUUUCUCUCUGGAUACUUCAUUAAGCGGCUAUAAUUGCCCAUCUCUUCCGGAUCAUACUUUUGACUCGUCUUGGGGGCCUUUCUCUUUCUCAUACACUGGCUCAGAGGGCUUUCUGUGGACUGAGAUGGUGCAAUGCUCCGCAGGACAGCACCGUGUGUAUGUUGCUUGUGGAUCCUGCUCUCCAGUGUGUUGAUUUGGAGAGUCGACUGCGCCAGCGCGCAGAGCUGUCAUGAGGUGAAAACCGCUUUCCAGCUGCGCCAAGUCGGUUCAUUAAGAUGGGUUCCGGAGACCGCGGCGACAGAUGCAGAUCUUCUUAUCUGCAAACACCAGGGUCCCACAUGCUGUACCCGCAAGAUGGAGGAGAGUUACUACGCCACUGCCCAGAGAGACACACUCCAGAAUAUUCUCUCCUAUAGCUUCGAACUCAAAUAUCUCAUCCUGGGCCAUGCCUCUUCCUUCCAGGAUACCUUCCAUUCCCUGCUCUCCUUCAAUCUAAAUCAUACCUACUCGCUCUUCGACAGCACCUACAGGAUGAUCUCUCAAGAUGCUAAACCCUUGGUGUCUACCCUCUUCUCUGACCUUGAACUCUACCUCCGUGGUGAUGCCAACACCUCUGUAGAACACUCAGUCCACAGUUUCUACGACAAACUCUUCCCAUUGGUAUACCAACACUUGGUCAAUCCUGGCUUGGGUUCAAAUGUUUCUAUCUGGUCCUCCGAAGGAAGUGAGUGCCUACGUGCCACUCGACAUGACGUCAACCCCUUUGGCCCUCACCCGCAAGAACUUGCUCAGGGACUGUCCAGGGCACUAGUGGCUGGUCAUGCCCUCAGUCGGGCACUGGCGAUGGGUUCUGAGGUUCUGAAUGCCACUGAAUCGGUAGGAAUGGUGCGCCAAUGUGGACGUGCACUGGUGCGGAUGCUGUUCUGUCCGCACUGCCGUGGAUUGACCCUGAUCCGGCCUUGCGGAGGCCUGUGUCUCAAUGUGAUGCGGGGUUGCCUGGCAGGCCUAGCCGAGUUGGAUGGGCCCUGGAGACGAUAUGUAGCAUUGCUGGAGGGGCUGAGCGGGGCACUAUCAGGGGGAUACGAAGUGGAACUGGCACUGCUACGCAUCCGGGAACGAAUUAAUGAUGCCAUCCUUACUGCACAACUCCAUGGACCACAUCUCAGCGCCGUGGUGGGUAAAGUUUGUGGUUCCUUGACCGAACCGGUUUCCUCCACUCCAGUCAGUCCCACCUCAAGAAGUUUGACUCCUUCAGUAAACCCAACCAGUGAACUCCAAACCUCAGUCACGUCCUCCAGUCCUACAGCACUUCCUAAUACAGGCAACCAACAUGAGCACAUAACACUAAAAAGAAGGUCUCUGCCUCUGAAACCCUCCAAAAACGACAAACCCAGAAGCCUGAAAAAGAUUUCAAAGGAGUUUAUGGGCUACAUCCAGCGGUACAAAUCAUUCUUCUCCACCCUGCCGGAGAUGCUGUGCGAGGGGGAGGUCGUGAUGGAUGAAAACACCUGCUGGAGUGGAGAAGAUGUGGUAGAGAGUUAUACAGGUCACGUGGUGGGGAAUGGACUGAAAGCCCAGAAACACAACCCAGAGAUAAAGAUCAGAAGUGUGGAUCCAAUCCUGGUCAACGUGAAGGAAAAGCUAGAGCACUUCAACCAGGAGAUGUGGGAAGAGAUGGGUUUGGGAACAGAUGGCCGUGAGGACGUGGAGACCAGCAGCGGCGACGCAGCAGAAGGCAGCAGCGAGUGCGAUGAUGAAGACGGCUGUCAAGGAUCGGGCCACAGUGAAGACGAGACAGUGCUCACUAAAAAGGAAAUCCAUGUACAAAUUCCAUCACGGGACACCAUUAUCCCAAUCCAGUCUCCCAAGUCCAGAUCCAAACCGGGCGCGCCCAACAAUGGAGUCGCCCACAUCCCAACCAUCUCAUCCUUCCUAUUUCUUCCUCCCUUACUCAUAAUACAGCUCCUACUCUGGCCCGAUGGCGUCUGACGCACAGUAAAAAGACUGAAUUAUUCAAGCAUGCAUUUGCACUAGGUCCUUAGAAGUCUGCACAUUUGUCUUCUGAUCUCAUCAGAUGCUCAGUAAUUUCUCAUGCUGGCCUUACACAGGAUACGACUCUUCACAAACUGGUUAUUCAUUUGCUCUGGGCUGUUUUAAAGGGUUUAUGUAGCUACUAAGUAGUGUACACAGACAGAAAUGUGUGAUCAUGGUACACCAUCAUUUCUUUGGUGGUUUUGCUGUCAUAUUUUUUAGUGUUGCUAUUUUGCAACUUUAUUGAAUAAGGAUUUACAAUUACAUUCAUCUAGUUCCAUACAAUUUAUAGUAACACAUCACAUCCUGAAUUGAUUCACACCUUCUUGUAGGAAUUACAUGAUGGAAAGGCUGAUUUGUUUUUAUAAAUGUGUGAGUAUUAUUGUAUGUGUGGAUUAUAUUCAAGUAAGUAUGAGCUAUUUUAAUUCUCCUUUUAUCAGUUUACCUGGGAGAAUCUUACAAAUGUUAUAUUUCACCCCAAAAAUAGGGAGGGAGUGGUGGGGGGUGGUGUUUGGAGUUAUUUUUGAAUUAUGAAAAUAAUGGCAAUUUCCCAACAUUAAGAUUGUUUCGUAACAAUCUGAAAAAAAAAAAAAUAUUUUAUUAAAAAAAUGUUUCUGAUAUUUUACCCAAAAUACAUUUACAUUUCUUUUUUUGUAUUACAAGAAUCUGAGAGUUAAAAUCUACAUAAUUGACACACAGUAAUGCAUAAAUCAGUCAAUCAUUCAAUCUUAAUUGUCUUUAAAUAAAGGUAAAUUUUCAUGACAUAAAAUAUUGUUUUCUUUCUUUUGAUUUUGAGAUGAAAAAUGACCCAGCUUUUGUAAGAUUGACCCACGUGCUUGUGCAAUUGUAGGGCUUGUUUGUUAAAAGUCAAAAUUGUACAUUUAACAUAUUUAUACUGAAAUCUGUGUAUACAGAGUGUGUGUUGUUCGUAUAACAAUUUAAAACAAUGCAACUCGAUUCUAAUUUACUCUAGGAUGUUAAAACGCUUUAUUUUUAGUAGUCUUUCCUUACAUUGGCAUUUAACCCUUCUCGAUAUCCUAUUGUUUGAUUUGACAGUUCGCCGUGACGUCACAGUCUUACACAUUUUGUUUUAAUACAUUCGAGUCACUUGCCAUGUAGCUCCGACUGCGCCUGUAUCACUUGUUACUGUAAGGGCUCGCACAUAA